UUCAACGUCAGGCAAUCGAAACAAAAAUGUCGCGAGCUAGCGGUACACCCAUUAAUUUAUACGAUGAACGCGAGGUGAUGGAGGAAUUUAUCAGCUGUUAUCGCCAUUUUACCGCCUUGUGGGACAGCAGCAGCGAGGAUUAUUUAUCGAAGCAGAAAAAGGAGCCCGGUUAUCGGGAACUUUUAAAUAUCCUGCAAAGGAUCAAUGGCGAUGCCACCGUGAAUGAUGUAAAGCGAAAGAUAAACUCAUUACGUUGCUGCUAUCGACGUCAAAUCAAAAAGGUACAGGCCUCACAAAAUGGCUAUAAGCCACGUCUUUGGUGGUAUCACCUUAUGGACUUCCUCAAUCCCGUUCUUAACAUACAAUCACCGUUGCGAAUGAAAUCGGACAGUUUGGAUGAUAGUCUCGAUGAGACCAGCAUUAAUGACGACGAUAUAUUUGCAGAAACCUUUAACAAGGAGGAGGAUGUCCUUGGUGGCAUGGAACCCGGAAGUGAAGGUGAGGCGGAACCUGAACCAUAUCUCGAUACCGAGGCCGAUGCAGAUCCUGAUCUUGCAACCGAACCAAUAAUAUCUGGACGCCAUAGGACAGAUGCCAAGGGAAUUACUAAUGAUUUCCAUGACUCGACCAGCAAUCGAUCCCGUUCUGGGUCAAGGGAAGGACAUGACCUGGAUAAAUCUUCACGAUCCAAUAUGCGACGUGUUCGUACCCGUCGUCGGAGUAGCAAUAAUGCCAGCGAUUAUGAGGAAAGCAGCAGGAAGCCGCAGGGAAAACGACAACGGAUCAAGGAGGAUCCUUCACCGGACAGAAAUCGGGAUCGAGUUAUCGAUAGGGAUAGCGAUAGCGAAUGUGAGUUAAUCGGUAAGCGGAUGGCCGCCCAUUUCCGGAAUAUGCGAACGGAUCAACGUCUAUUUGCCGAACGGAUAAUCAGCGAAGUUCUUGUCUUUGGUCGAAUGAAUCGUCUAUCUUUUGACUCGCAAUUUAUUCCAAAUCGUAAAGAGGAUUAACUUAAGUAUACAGACUAUAAAAAAGGAAACAAUUAAAAA